AUGGCGAAUGAUGACCGCAUGUUUGCGGGCCUCCGAGGGAAUAACCAGCGAGCCGUCAUCUCUGCCACAACAAAUAACACCAGGACCAACAGAUUUGCGCAGCCAAACAGUAUUUCACUAAGUGCUGGUAAUCUUAUAGUUGGAUCGAACAAUGACUCGAGGCAGCAUGGCAAUCAGAAUAGAAAUCCAAUCAGUGGGGCGGGCCCCAAGAAUUUUUUAAACGGUAAUCAUACAACGUCUUCACCAAUUGAUCUCCCGAAUGGAGGCGCUAAUACACGGAAAAAUAAAACGCACCAAUUAGACCUACUGUAUCAUGAAUCGCGCUAUUCUACUGAGCCAGUGAUGUUGAAUUUAAGUGAAUUCCUUGACAUAAGAAGCGGUGACAUAUGUGAACUAAAAACUUAUCAUCGACACCCUAAACCAUCUGACCGUAAAAUUUACUUCAUUGCGAAAGAUUUGGAUCAGGGUAUUAAAAGGCGUGCAAAAUCUUGCCACAUAUCUGUUUUGUCAGGCCAGCUGCAAUCACUACUAGACUUGCCUUCAAGGUCCAAAGUUUGGGUAAAAAGAAAGGAAAAGGCAGAUAGUGAAGCUGAUCUAGUUGAGCUAAACAUCAAGGACUGUUUGCUUAAUAGAGGUGAUAUGUGGUGUUUGUCUUCUCAACUGGUACAAUCGUGCCUUUUUUCAGGGCAAAAAUUGACUUUUUUUGAUUCAAUCAGAGCUACAGUUAAUGGUAUUUAUAGAGAUGGUAAGAAAGUACUUUCCGGAUAUGUUGAUGAGAAGACUAGAGUUGUUUUUCGGUCAGAAUCUGCAAGAAUGAUCUUUUUGAUUCAAAUAACAGACGAGAUGUGGAACUUUGAAGAAACAGGUGAGCAACUAUUUCAGAAAAUGGUGAACUCACUUUUCCCGAAAAUUUUCAAGAAAUGGAAGGAAAUCGACACUCAUCAUAGCAUAACGAUCGCAUUUUCGACAUCAGUUGAUUAUUCAGAAGUUCCCUUUAGAGAGCUCAGACCUGGAGAACUUCUGAAAAAUACGAAAGACUACUUCCGAAUUGUUGUCGAUCAAGUACACAUCAUUCACUGGGUUGAAAUUAUGGAGACAUUAAGAAAAGAAUUUAUGAACCUGACCCGUAAUAUACUGAAUUUCAAAACAGAAGAUGGGCAUAGCAUUAUCAAAGGCCGCUUCUCUCCAGUCAUCAAAUCAAACAUUCUCGAACUUGUUAAUUUUGCAACAACUAUAUUGGCAGAUCCAUUCAAACAACCUGAUUUGCGACAUACUACGACUCACGUAAUAUUAAUCAGCCCAGGUUCAGGCCUUUAUGACGUUGACUACGACCUGCUCAAACUGACGGGGAAAAAACUGCUGUCAUUAGAGAUGACCAUGGAUUUAAUUUGUUUAUCUCGUACUCCUCUUCACGUUGUUCCACUGCUGAGAUAUCUUGACUACGAAAACAACCUGCAUCAUUGUAGUCCCAACUGGUUAAGUAUCUUUUUUUGGAACGAUGCGUUCAAGAGUUCCCGAGAAUGGUAUCCGAGAUGCAAGAUUUACGAUGUUCAAAUGAUGGGUUUAAAUGAGAACGACAUUCUUAAAGAGGUUGAUAUUGCAAACAUAAAUGCGGGAAAGGGUGUACACAGCGUGUCACAAUUGAUAAAUAUUUAUGAUAAUGGUGUCUUCAAAUCUCACCGGAUGAAAUCCCUUCCUAGUAUUUCGAGACAAGGCGGGCUCCUUCCCUUGGGUAAGAAUGAGCAAGAGAUAAAUAAAAUUUCAAAUACAGCUUCUGCCUUUGUUUGGACAACUCCUAAGGUGGCAGAUGCGGUUAUAGAAAAAGUUCAAAAACCGCAGGUUCUCGCAAACUUAUACACUACUGGUACGAAAGGAAGGUCAUCAGGUGGCAGUAGUACUGAAAAUACAUCUUCUAAUGAUGUUAGAACUCAGAUACCUGUUACUUCCCUUGCAGUUGAUACUUUAAAAGGUAUAAACAAAAAGAACUCUGUGAAAGACUUCACUCAUCGUAUUGUUAAUAAACUCAUUCCCGAUUGGGAUCAGAAAAGACCGGCAUCAAAUUCUUUGAGACAGGUAAUCGAAGGACCGUUUGAACAUCCGAAAGUAGAGGUUGGGUCUUUAAGUAUUUGUAAUGGCGCAUCAGAACAAGGUCCAAAAAUUACCAAGAAUCUCAGUUCCUUAGAAACUGAAAACACACAGAGGUCUUUGACAGAUAAUGAAUCAUGCCAUGCUUCAGUUAACUCAUUGAACUCCUCGAGAUACUCGAGGGGUGCAGAGGGAAGACCCUUCCUUCUUGAAGAGAAGAAGGCUAGGAACAAAGGAAGGAUAGACAUUGAGGGGCAGCCUCCAGUAGUAGAUCAGACGUGGAUUGAAAUUGAAAAUCCAUCAAUACCUGUUAGCGGUGAGAUUGCCAAAAGAAUGCUACCGAUUCGUUGGAAGGAUGUUUUACCGCGCUAUGUUGCCAAAAAAUAUAGCAAAUGGCGCUCGUUCACAACUCCUGCAGAGCUUCCUAUUACAAUAUCAGAAUUUCCUUCGAAAAUAGACUUUGAUACAAAUUUUGUCUUUCGAAAUCACUUUGUCACUCUUAACAUAGAUCAGGAAUCAUAUAACCAAACGUGCAAGGACUUGUUACGUAAUAUGAUAUACUUAAGGCUACUUACUGGAUUUCAGCUGUGUGUGGGUCCAAAGGCGGAAGCUAUCGAGCUCGCAAAAUCAGGUGGUAGUGAUGAAUCUCCGAUAGCUAAAUAUACUGAAGGCAACUGGAGCAGUAUAAAAGUAUACAUGAUGAUUGACUCCGAAAUUCACAGGUUAUCGUGCGGUGUCGAGGGCAUUAUAGACGUCCAACGAUACAUAAGGAAAAAUGAGGCAAAUCCCUUUGAACAGGUGCCGAGAUAUAUACCUCUUGUCAAAACAAGGUAUGAGAAUGAUUACAGGAAUGCAGAAGUCGACACUCUACAUGUUAGUCGUGAAACAUUCAAUUGGGAUCAAAUUGACCAGGUACUUGCGGGUUAUGGAGAUUAUGGUUUUAAUAAAAAGUCGUAUGGUUUCCGAUCAAAAUUAGUUGUGUUGCCCGCUGAAAUUCCAGCCACCACUUACUCGUCGGUUAUAAGUGGAAGAAACGAAACAUUAACAGCCGAAGAAAUCAGAUUGGAAGGGCUUCGUAGGUUAAUCGCCCUAGUUACGAGGUCUCCUCUGCGGACAGUUCAAGAGACACUUGCAAAUAAGAGUAAAAAAGAUGAAAUUCAGCAAGAGAUCCAGUUCUAUACUGGAUCGUUGUUCGACUUUAUUCAUGAACAACAAGCUUCGCUUGAAAAGUCAGUGCUCCAUUACAAAGAUUCGAUUUUUGCAAGCGAAAACAGGCAAUUAAAAAAAGAUGUUGAACUGAAAACGUUAGCAAAUGAAAUUCAGCAUGGGAGUAACCCCCUCGCACUUGUUACAAGGAAGUGGCACUGGAAAAAGCAUAAAAAUAGUUUUCUUGGAUCAGAAAUGGUAAACUGGCUAAUCAGAAACUUUGGUGAUAUUGAUACAAGAGAGGAUGCCGUUGAAUAUGGUCAAAUUUUAAUGGACCGAGGCAUGUUUGUGCAUGUCCUGAACAAACAUGGUUUCCUUGACGGGCAUUAUUUCUAUCAAAUCUCUCCGGAUUUUAUCUUCGAGGUGGGUGCUCUGGAGAAGACACACAGUGAUCAGAAAUCAACAGAAACUAGAAAUUUUGCGAAGGACAUUGAACCUGCUAUUAGCACAUCUGAAUCAAAUAUCGUGUCCAAUUCUUCAACAUAUCACUCUGCAAGACUGCGAGAUAUGGAUGAGUCAAGAGGAGAAGACCAGUUUGAUUUACCGAAGCCCACAGUCAUCUUGAGCACUUCUAUGGUUAUCGAUGUUGACCCAGCGGGUAAGUCGUACAAACUCGAAACUUGCACAGUUCAUUAUGAUAAAGUUCAUAAUCCGGAACAUUGUUUUCAUAUUCGUUUGGAAUGGUUGACCACUACCCCAAAAUUGCUUGAUGAUUUAGUCGGAAACUGGUCGCGUCUCUGUGAAAGAUAUGGUUUACGCUUAGUUGAAGUUCCCUGGAAAGAACUUUGCCAGAUACCGAGCAUUAAUCCAUUCCAUUCUUUUGUUGACAUUAAACUUGCUAUUAACCCAUGGGAAGAUCCAGAGUUCAAAGACCUGGAAAUAUUAUCCGCUGGCAAGUUUUAUUACCACAUGUAUCUUCUGAAAGCAUCUGGCUUUCUGUUUGACAACAGGGCCUCCACAUUCUUGGAAGGAGGAAAUGGCGCACAUUAUAACAUUGUCUAUUCGUGGGGUAAACCUGAGUUCAAGUAUGCCCAAUUUAUUCACAGUACGGGUGCUUAUAUUGCGGAAAUCAGGGAAAACGGAAAUUUAUUUCUUGCACCAAACAAUAUUUACAUCUCCAGAGUGAAUCACGGCAAUGUCAUUGGUAAAGCACAAUCGUCGCCCCAGUUUGCAUUAGAUGCGCAGAAAGUUAUGUUGGAUUUCAAAAAGACUUGUACAACCUACGAGGAGCUAAGAACAAUCCUAUUGCAAGCAAAAGAGAAAUGGAUUGAAGACCAGUUUUAUGAAGACUAUUUGACCUAG